ACACGCAGCGUUGGAUUUGCAAAUUCUUUUCUUAAUUUUAUACAAAUUUUUAAACGAUAAACGCUGGCAAUUGUGGUGCAAAUUGUUCACUCCUAUUGCCGGCAACGUACUAUAACCAUUGUCACGGGAUUGGAUCGCCAGCAGAGGCUUGCAAAUAUUGGACGUAACGACGUGCAUUUCGCCUAAAAACUGGUCGAAGAAGAAAAGACAAAGAAGGCACAGUUCCCCUCCAUAUUUAGCACGGUAAAGAGGGUAAAAACAAGUUUUGCAAAAAAGAUAAAUUUGCCAACAUCCUGCAAGGGUGCGUCCACUAUUAGAAAGGACAAAACAGCUACGCGCAAAGCAAAAGGUGUCUCAACUGCAGCCAGCACAUCACAACACAGAGAUUAGCCUUGGACAAUACCUCAUCUAACGGUACCUACCUGGGGAAAUUGCUAGGCAGAGAGAAAGCCAACGAAAAUGACGUGGGAACCGCAGCAGGACGGGCUGAAUCAAAUAAUUACACUGCUCAAACAAUCGCAAUCGACGGACAAUGCAAUUCAGCGGGCAGUGCAAAUGAAACUGGAAGAGCUAAACCAAUAUCCAGAUUUCAACAACUACCUAAUAUAUGUCCUAACGAAGCUGAAAAGCCAAGAUGAACCAACCCGCUCGCUGUCCGGACUGAUCCUAAAGAACAACAUUCGCAUUCACGGAACACAACUGCAGCCGGCAAUUAUCGAGUACAUCAAGCAGGAAUGUCUGAUGGCUCUCGGUGAUCCCUCGCCGCUGAUUCGGGCUACGGUCGGUAUUCUAAUCACAACCAUCGCGAACAAGGGCAGCCUGCAGACUUGGCCCGAACUUUUACCGACGCUGUGUGACAUGUUGGACUCGCAGGAAUACAGUGUGUGCGAGGGUGCCUUCGGGGCACUGCAGAAGAUUUGCGAGGAUUCGGCAGAUACGCUGGACAGUGCUGCCCUUAAUCGUCCACUGAACAUAAUGAUUCCGAAGUUUUUGCAAUUCUUCCGGCACUCGAGCCCGAAAAUCAGAUCGCACGCCAUUGCCUGCAUCAAUCAGUUUAUCAUCAACCGAACGCAGGCAUUGAUGCUGCACAUCGAUACGUUCAUAGAAAAUUUAUUCCAUCUAUCGUCGGACGAAGACCGGGAAGUGCGUAAAAAUGUCUGCCGUGGUCUGGUGAUGCUGCUGGAAGUCCGAAUGGAUCGACUGAUGCCGCAUAUGAACAAUAUUAUCGAAUACAUGCUGAUUAGAACACAGGAUCCUGACGAGACGGCCCUGGAAGCGUGCGAAUUUUGGCUGUCACUUGCCGAGCAGACCAUUUGCAAGGAGGUCCUAACGCCACAUUUACCCCGAUUAGCACCAGUGCUGGUUCGCGGCAUGCGGUACUCUGAUAUUGACAUCAUUAUCUUGAAGGGCGAUGUUGAAGAGGACGAGAUGAUUCCCGAUCGUGAAGAGGACAUUAAACCACGAUUUCACAAGUCUCGCACCCACACACAAAAAGCUGGCGCCAUGAUGGGUGGCUGUGCACAGGACAUGGGAGCGCGUGCGAUGGAGGGAAAUGACGAUGAGGAGGAUAUGGACGACGUUUACGACGACAUGGACGAUGACAGUAAUCUGUCCGAUUGGAAUUUACGCAAAUGUAGCGCUGCUGCACUCGAUGUACUGGCAAACGUCUUCAAGGACGACUUCCUGCCGAUUCUUCUUCCCAUCUUGAAGGAGACAUUGUUCCACCAGGAUUGGCAAAUCAAGGAAAGUGGUAUUUUGGCCUUGGGAGCCAUAGCCGAGGGUUGUAUGAAUGGAAUGAUCCCUCAUCUGCCCGAGUUGAUUCCGUUUUUGAUUUCCUGCUUGUCCGAUAAGAAGGCUUUAGUCCGGGCAAUUACCUGCUGGACGUUGUCUCGUUAUGCUCACUGGGUUGUCAGCCAGCCGCACGAUCAAUAUUUGAAACCGCUGAUGGAAGAGCUGCUUAAGCGCAUCCUGGAUGCUAACAAGCGAGUUCAGGAAGCAGCCUGUUCCGCUUUUGCCACGCUAGAAGAGGAGGCAUGCACCGAGCUGGUUCCGUAUUUAGGCUUCAUCCUGAAAACUUUGGUAUUUGCUUUCGGUAAGUAUCAGCAUAAGAACCUGUUGAUACUGUACGAUGCCAUUGGAACAUUAGCCGAUUCAGUUGGACAUCACUUGAACAAACCGGAGUACAUAAAUAUGCUGAUGCCGCCGUUGAUUCAGAAGUGGAACAUGUUGAAAGACGAAGACAAGGACCUGUUUCCGCUGCUGGAAUGUCUGUCCAGUGUGGCAACUGCUCUGCAAUCCGGAUUUCUACCGUACUGUGAACCGGUUUACCGGCGUUGCAUUUCAUUGAUUCAGCAAACGCUAAACCAAGAUCUUGCCAGUACGGCUAGUCCCGGUCAGUACGAGCUGCCCGACAAGGAUUUCAUGAUUGUCGCUUUAGAUUUACUCUCUGGGUUAGCGGAAGGCUUGGACGGGCAGAUAGAGUCACUGGUGGUUAGCAGCAACAUAAUGGAAUUACUGUACCAAUGUAUGCAGGAUUCGAUGCCGGAGGUUCGACAGUCCUCGUUUGCACUGCUGGGAGAUUUGACGAAAGCAUGCUUUGUGCAUGUUCAUCCUUAUAUUGGAGAUUUUCUACCCAUCUUGGGCCAAAAUCUAAACCCUGAACAAAUUUCGGUUUGCAACAACGCUACCUGGGCGAUCGGAGAAAUUAGUAUUAAGCUGCGUGAAGACACUAAGCCAUACAUUCCGCUUGUCCUGGCACAGCUGAUUGAAAUAAUCAAUAACCCCAACACGCCGAAAACGCUGCUGGAAAAUACAGCAAUAACAAUCGGUCGACUCGGUCUUGUGUGCCCCCUUGAAGUGGCUCCCUCGUUACAACAGUUUGUGCGCCAGUGGUGCUCAUCGCUUCGAAACAUUCGCGACAAUGAGGAAAAAGAUUCUGCCUUCCGUGGAAUGUGUCAGAUGAUUACGGUAAACCCCGUGGGAGUGGUGGCCGAUUUUAUCUUUUUCUGCGAUGCUGCAGCUUCGUGGAUGAAUCCAAAAAGUGAUCUGCACGAGAUGUUGCAAAAGAUCCUACACGGUUUCAAAACUCAGGUUGGCGACGAAAACUGGGCUCGUUUCGUGGAGCAAUUCCCACCACAGCUGAGUGAGCGCUUAGCGGUAAUGUACAGUAUCUAAGCGUAUUCCGAGGUACCUACCGAACGUAUGACUUUUCGACGGUAUGUAGCAAGUUGUUUUAUUCUUUUGCAAUGGGGACAAACACAACCGCUUGCGUUCGGAAAAAAAUGAUGCAUCAGACAGCUAAACAGUAAGUGAAUUGAGUGAGACAGGGUCUGAAAAAAAUCCCCUCGAAAUAAGCAACAGUGACGAGAAAGUACGGUUUUGUUUUUUCUAAAAUGGUGAUUAAACAAAGGGAGAUGACCAGAGCAAAAUUUUCAUCAUUUUCGAAAUCGCUUUUUUCUGUAGGGAAACAUUUAUAUAUUGUUUUAUUGAGAAGAGUAUGUUUUUUAAGAUUUAGUAGGGCUUAUUUUGAUACUGUCUUUUGGUCAAGGUCCCAGAGGGCUAACGUGACCGUUGAGUAGGGCUUUUAUUCAUGCGGAAAAAGGAGCGUUCUCUCCUUGUAUCUUAUUUACCUCGACGGGGAAGAGACGCCGUCGAGCAAAAUACAAAACAAAUAAAAUACUUUCAAAUUUUAAAUUCUACUCUAAUCACAGUGGUAAAUAGUAAGCGCAAAAAUAAUCGUAAUCGCAUAUUUAAAAACACAGACAAUGCAAUACAAAUGCAAACCACUUUUUACCCGAUGCUAAGUGUAGGCUAUGGACUAGCACAAAGAAGCAGUCGUUCUGCAUGCAUAAUAAUGAUCCUACUCCUACCAAUCAAUCAAUUUUCCCAGACAAAAGUCUAACAAAUUCCUUUCUAAAAAACGGUCCUGCGUCCAGUGUGCAUUAAAAAAAAAAAAGAACAAAACACGGCUCCUUGCUGGAGACUUCUGAUUCUGAUUUGCGAAGUGAACGACAGCAGUCAUCGUCACUAACGAGGCUGUUGAAACAAAAAAAAAAACAAAAAGAAUGCCAAGGGCACAACUAUUACUUUGAAUAAUAAUUUCACUUCGUAUGUUGUAUAACCGUGUAUAAGUGAGAAAUGAAUGCGUUUUUGGAUGAACGUGCUGCUGAAAUGCGUGCAAAUUAUUAGCUUUUUGCUUAUGUUAAUGCUAGGAAAAUGAGCAUGAGAAACGUUUAAAUUUGAAAAUGAAAUAUUUCGUAAUUUACUAAUCGUGCUAUUUUCACAUUUCUCGUUUGAAUUAGUUACCCUCUAUCAAUCUAUUUCUAAAAUUGAUGAACGUAAUUUGGUUGCUAUCGUAGAAUUUUUGUGUCAGUUUCAAGGGAACAAGAUUAUUAUAUAACUAUUUAAACUAUCAAUUUUAACGCUAGUCUUUGUGGUCCUGAUUUAGAUAGUAGGUUGAUUGAUUUUGCAUAUUGCAAGCGACGUUAAAUAUCUUUGACCGUACUUUUUCUCUAGGUCGGGUCUCUCGCCGAUCACCAAAAUCUAUACAAUUUAGUCAGUUAAUAUGCGUUGUAUUGACUAUAAAACAAUGUAUAGUCGAAAAAUAUUGCGACCGUCACCCUCGCUUUGAAUUCCAUAUUGUAAAGGUUUUUUUAUGAAAUUAUCACUGCGGCCAGUAUUUUUGCUCUAUUGUGAUAUUUUCCAGGUGUUGUUUCUGUAUUUUGCACUUUCCGGGUAACCUAUAAGCGUAACCAAUGCUAUUUACACGCAAGUCAAUAAGCAUUUAAGUCACCCUAAUUGCUACUUAAAUGCUACUUUGGCAAAAUAUACGGCUACUUUACUGCUAACCCUCUUAUAAUGCUGACAAUGCUUGUUACCAGCUGAUUACCAACAAGAAGAUUUAAAAUAGAAUUUUGCAUGCCAAUUUACAACAGCUACGCACUUGAAAAGCUAAUAUACAGCAACGUGCUGUAUAAAAUGCCAGAUAUGUUAAUAAGCGAUUGAUUUACUGCUUAUGGUAAUGCUAAUUGGUUAGCUGGGUUUGUUCUUUUAAAAGUAUCGCUACAAAGUGAUCGAAUUGCUUAUUCGUUCUUAUGAAGGCAUAAAGGCUGCCAAAUCGAUUGUGUAAUUGUUUUGUUCAGAAGAGAAAGGGUUUCGCAGUGUUUUGGACAUACUCAAGAACCUACAUUCCCGCUGCUGAGCAACCUGUAAAAAUCAUCCCAUCAGGAUUGUUAGUAUUUGACAUCAGAGAACUGCAGCAGGAAUUGGCAACACACAGUGUCCAACCCAGCAAAAUCAAACUGCUCUAUCGAAAGAUUAGCGGGUUGGAAGAAAGUGCGCUCUAUCUACUCCAUUUUCCUACAAGAACCAUCAAGCCGGUGACUUUACAAAAAGUGAAGGCAAUUUUCAACAAACGACAAUUUUCGCAACAAUUCAAGUUGUUGAAGUUGAAGUUAACGGCUACUUGAAAUUGUCCCAACCUUAUAUGGAAGAAAAUUAUUUCGCAUUUCGAGGCAAUUUCUAUAAACAAACGAUGGGGGCCCCAAUGGGGAAUCCCUUGUCACCUUUCUAAUAUGAGCUAUUUAUGGCAAACAUAGAAAAUAAAUUAAAGGAAAUAGAUGUCUUACCAGAUCACUGGUGAAGGUAUGUGGACGACAUUUUUUUUGCAUUUUUAAAUUAGAAGACUUUGAUACUCUUUUGAAACUAAUGAAUAAUGUCCACUAACAUAUUAUUUGACAUUCGAGAGGGAUCAAAAGUACAGGUUUCGAUUCUUAUAGGUAGUUGUUAUGAGAGACCACCAAUACAAAACGGUUGAUUCCUAUCACGCCCUACCACUACUUUCAAAACAAAAUGGCCGUUUUCACUACAUGAUUCACCAUAUGAAAACUUUUCCACUGAGUAAUGAAGAAAAAGAAACUGAAUUAAAAUAUAUUUUCGAAACCGCUAGGUAGAAUGGUUAUUAAAAGGUAACAAGAGAUUCACAUUCGGCCAAUUGGUUAGACUUAUGAGAAAAUUUCGAGCCAACUUCGUAUAUAAGAUAUCUUCAGAUAUGGUUGUCUUAGAUAUCGAGUAAACAUACUACAUACAAUUCUGUUUUGGCAGGAAACAAUUCUGCACAAGAUGCUUCAAGCAAACUUUCCUUUGAUUGUCCUGAAAAUCAUCCGUUCUUUCUUACUGAAUUACUCGUUUCACGUUGCAGUUAAUAAACCAUCCGAAUUAGAUCAGAAAGCUGUACAUGUUAGAGUCCCACAAAGAGCUGUUUUGAUCUCCACGCUGUAUAACAUUGUCACCGCCGACCUUGUGAUGCUUGAUGGCGUCCAGUUUUCGCGGACGACACCGGUUUUGUUGCUUCUGACUCAAACUCAGCAACAAUUUUAACCAAAUUGAAAGCUUCCAAAAACGUUAUCGAGGACUACCAAAAGAGAUCGAUAACCAAAAUCAGCGCUAGCAAACCGCAAGCAAUUUUCUUCUCACGAAAACUGAGGAGCCCACGUAAUCUACCUCGCAGUCCGAUCAACCAGUCCAGUCAGGCCAACCAGUACCAUGGUCAAACGACGUGAAGUAUCUUGGUCUAACGCUAGAUCGAAAGUUAAAUUUUGCCGCACAUAUCAAGAACACUUUAAUCAAGUGCGAUAAACUCACGGAACCCCUCUAUCGAUCGCAUCUCUACAAAACCUCAACACUGUUGUUUUACAAAACGAUGUCAAACCAUCGAAGACAUACGGCUUUACUGGUGUUGAAACUUUCAACAUAAUAAAUGCACCAAUUUCCUGUAGUCUUUUCACUUCUUUUCCUUCAAUGGUAAAUUUCUUGAAAAAUAAAAUGAAACGCUACGUCUAGCUUAUACAAUGAAACAAUUUUACUUUGUUAUAUACUGUAUAAAUACUUUCCCGUAUGCCAAAGUAUUUUUACAUUGCGUAGAGAGUCACUGCUUCAAGAAAAAGUUAUUUUGCCCUUAGUUUUAAACUAAAAAUGGGGGAUUGCUUGCUUUAAAACGCUGUAUCUCGGGAUCGGCAAAGAAUACCUUUGGGCAAUGAGUGUUUCUUAUGUAAAAAAUCUGCGAAACACGAUGAAGUUGAAAUUUUUGACAUCAAAUUGUAUUCAUGAGAGAAAAAUGUAGAUUUAGUUUUCAAAUUAAGUUUAAAAAUAUUUGGCAGCAUUGAAAACUCUGGAAGUUAUGAGUUUUUAUGUCUCAGCGCGUGUGUUAAUGUGAAGCGAGCGAUUAAACAUAGAAAUACAAAAAUACGUGUCGAUUUUUUUUGAACAAAGAACGUAAACAAAUAUUCCGAAGAGAAAAAAAAUUUAGACUGUAAAUGACCCAUAUACAUUAUUUGACAAUGACUGUACCGAAUCAUUUAAUUCAACUAUGGUCGUACCGAACCAUAUACAUUAUUCAACAAUGAUCGUUCCGAAUCAUUUAAUUCAUCUAUGGUCGGACACGACGAUGCACCGAACUGUGUAGACAGUUCGUCGCAUCGGCAGCCCCGUGUACCGCUUUCGAGAUGGUAUAUAGCGCGCAACUUUUUCUGGUGCUGGGAUAAGCGAUAUGCUGUACCAGGGGCAUUCAACCCCCAUAAGUUCUAAAAUCUUCUAUCAAACUUAGUUCUUCUCCGACAUCGGAGCAGACAGAUUUUAAAGGAAGUAAAAAUACCGGAAAUACCGUUUUUUGCCUUUCCACAACUGGUAUUUCAGUAUCCAAAAAUUAGCCGAUGUUAUCGGUUUCAGUAGUGCCGGUUAUACUACCCUAGUUCGAACGCACUAAAAAACUAAUCUAUAGUCGGAAAAUAUUGUGCGUGUGGUUCGAUUUUCGCCUUCUAACAGUCAACCCCGCCUUAACAAAGUACAUAUUAUAGUAAUUUUCUUGCAGCAUAUUGAUCAACUGUCCGCCAUAUUGGAUUUAGGAAUGGUGUUUAGCAUCGAUUUUCGCCUUUCAACAGGCACCCUUGCUUCAAAGUUUAUAUUGCAAAAGUUUUUUAUGGACACUAUCACUGCGACCAGCAUUUUUUAUCUGUUGUCAUAUCGUCCAGCUGUUUUUUUGUAUUCUGCACUUCAUUCUUUUUACAGUGAGCGAACUGCUUAUUAUUCGUACUUAAGUGUCUGUAUUUUUCACCAUUUUUUUCCUUUUAAAUGUUUACGUGCAAAAUAUUGAAUCAUCGUCAGCCAUUUUGGAAUUCAAAAUUGUGUCUUACAUCGAUUUUUGACAUUUAACAGUCAUCUCAAUCCCAAAUAAUCCAAUUUGGUACCUUUCUUCCAGUGAAUUGAUUUUUUUGUUAACGUUAACAUAACAAAUCAUAUGAAAAAUUGUUUUUAUUUGUUUUCUUGUUUAUCGGCUUUCAAACGAACCACUUGUUACCCUUGAAACUGUACAAACCGUGAUAUUUUUAGUAUAAUCUACUAAUCAUGCCUUCAAAUCGUUCUAGUUAGGUUGAAAAGAAAAACGUUUGGUGUAUAAACUAUCUAUACUAAAGAAACAAAAUUAAAUACUAAACUAAACUGAAAAAAAGAGAUCAGAGAACAGCUAGGUAUCACAUUUAUAGUAAUAAAUAGUAAGGAAGUAUUUUAUAUUAUCGGGAAUUCCGGGUCGCGUUCGUAUUAAAGAAAAAGUCGUGUUCGUCGUUUAAUCCGUGGUCGUCGUUAAAAUCGUGGUCGCCGCCGUCGUCGUCGUCGUCGUCAUCAUUAUAGUUCUACGGUCGUCGGAUUCCGUGAGCGUAUUAGUUAUUAACUGUUAUUUUUUCUGUUUCAGUUUUAAUGUGGUUUAUUUUUUUAGUUCAAAUCGUGAAACGAGAAAAGACCAAACUUAAGUUGAACAGAUACUAUCUGAACCAGGAGUAGUGCAACAGUUCCUUGACUGCAGCUAAUUGAUCUGAUUGAGAAUGAAAAAAAAACGAAACAAACUGAGAGAUGCUAUAAACAUAUAAAUAAUGGUGCCAUUAGGUAGUUAAACUUAUAACAAUAUGGUUUUUUAAAUAAUACAAAACCCCGAAGAAGCCUGCAACUUAUCAAAGACAAAUACAAAAUUAUAGAUAAAAGCAACUUUAAGGAAUAAAAAAGCUGGAAACUUACCGUCAAAAUAAAAAUGCAAAUAUAGAAAAAAAAAUCUGACUGACAACAACGUCGUUGUUCAGCAACAUUAGGUUAACAAAAUGAAGACUGAAAAAGUGAAAGAAAACAUAUUCCUCAAAUCGAAACAAAAAUCUCCGUUACUUACAUUUGUGUUCUAGCUGCGAUAUAUUUCAAGUAGUAGUUUAACAAUAUUUAAAAAAAAGGCAUAUUCAGUGAUAUCUGUUCAAAACAAUUAGUAGAAGAAGAUGGUGGUAAAAGAAUUAACAAAUUAACUGUUCUUUUUCUUUCAAGUUUCAUACAUUGGAAAUUAUCGCCGCGUAUCGUGUCGUCGUUAUCCGUGAAUUCGUCGCGUUCGGUCGUUCCGUCAAUCUGUAACAAAAAAAAAACUCGCGUGUCGCGUUCGGGAUCAAUGAAGAAGAAAAAAAACUAUUACGAAAAUCGUAUAUUCGUGAAAUCGUUCCGCCGAAAACCGUUGUGAUAUAUAGUCGUGUUCGUUCGUUGUUAGGAGUUUAUAUAUAAUAUGUUUUUUGUUUUAUAGGUUUCAAUUAACAAAUUUUGAUUUUUGUAUCUUAGAAAAUCGCGCGUCAUCUAUCGGGUUCGUCAAACAUACGUAUUGAAAGCCCUGUUGUUGGUCCGCCGCGUAUGCCACAAUGAAAGGUGCUAAUAACAAACAAAACUGAUUUAAGGUUCAGAAUACAUAUAAAUAUAUCAUGAAAUGAUCAUUUUAGAAAAUAAUACACAACAUUAGAUGUUCCAUUUGUUGAUGAGUGCAGUCUCUAAUUGGAUCAGGCGCUUUAAUUUAUUUUGAUUGUCAGACGUUGCAAAAUGCAGCUAGCCAAAAAAAAAUUAUUAUAAUUCGAUGGUAGAAGCCAGUUUUAACCUCAUCAAUCGUUUCAUCACAGCAACAGAAAAAGUUAUAAAAUCAUCUAACAAAUCAAAUCACAAACUGAGAUUAGACAAGCAAACAAACCAAAACAUAGAUGAAACACAACAUCACUACUUAAGAACUGGGUUCCUCUUGUCUUUCAUCUGCGCUGUUUUCGCUUCACGCCAGUGCAGUCACAAUAACACACACACACAAAGGACACAAACCAAGCACUAGUUAAAUGAUUCAGGAUCAAACGUAUAGCAAACGAUACAAAACAAAACAAAACAAUGGAUAACUUUAUAUUGAUCGCUUUACACAGGUUUAUACAAUGAAAAGAACAAAACUAAACAAAAUCAUACGUACCUUAAAUCAAGAGAUAAAUCAGUCCACGGGGACUAGGCUAGGCCGCGUCGCGUUUUUCGUCGCGUUUUCGUGUGAUCGUAUUUUAAAGAAAAAGUUCCAAAACUACUAAUAAACUACUAAAAAAAACCGAAAAACAAAACAACAGUACACCUAACGUGAAACUUACAAGCAUAGUAUAGUAGCUAGCUGGACCACCCAAAAUGAAAGGAAAAAACUUGAAUUCCAAACGCCAGUGUGUGUGAACUCACGCAUACCCCACUAUAAUAAGCACACUGGUGGCAUCAAUUCGAUUUUUUUUCUCUUUCGGUACUACCAGCAAUCCAACCUCUUUAUCACAUAUAGUACAGGCCGAUCUAUACUUAAAACGAGAAAUAAAUUGCUAUUAUAAUGUAGGUAAUAUUAUUGUCAAACGUAUAAGUACCGUAUGCAAAAGUGUGACCGAGUUCGAGUGAUUGUGUUCGUAUUUGCGAGAGAAAAAAAACUGGUUUAAGAUUACAAACAGAAGUCUCAAAAGUCCCAAUCCUUGGUCCUAUCCAAUCGUACUCUGAACGCUGAAUAUCCUAAGAAAAUCCAAAGAUCAAUAUCUCCUCCGAUAGUAUUGAUUACACUUUUUGAACAACAGUCAAAAUAUUUACAUUUGUCAGCAUGUAAAACAGUAGUUUAAACUGGACAUAGAUAGAUGGUCUGGUUUGCUUAUACAUAAAGUUAUACACUUACACAUAGUCACCUCAUAGUCUCAGUGUUAGUUUUGAAUAGCUAAGUGAGUAAAGAUUUAUCUCGAGACUAUUGGACAGCAGCUAGGAUGGACUAGUAGUAUAAUAAGAAGCAUAAGAUUCAAUUUUUUGUACCACAUUUUUGCAUGUCUUUCCACUUAUAGAAAAUGCUCUAGAAGCAGCUCGAUUCUAGUUGUUGAAACGUGUCUAGCUUGGCAAGAGAGUAGUCCGAUUCCGCAGGACUUCGUGGUAUUCAACAUUUCUCUAGGGGUUUGAGAUAGGAAAGUAGCUUUAAUUGAAGUCAAUAAAUUUAG